AUGAGAUUGCAUCUGUCUUUACGAAGUCGAAAAGCUAUUGGAUUUGAUGGAUUAAACUGUGAAAUUUGGCAGCUACUGGCUUUUUUGGACAGUUUGCAGUCAACACUUCGCACUUCUGGUUUUAACGAAACUAGCGUUUCUGAAGUUAUGCAAGCUAUGCAAGUGUUGGCAAAAUAUAACAUAAUGGGUCUAGGACUUGGCCUUGGUGUUGCUGCUAUGGCGCAAUUGCGAGGAAGUGAAUCAUCCAAUGUACAGCCAUCGAUUAUGCCUUCUCAGCGAUUUGAUGGUUCAUCUGCGACACAGAAUAGUGGUGUGGAUAAUUCAGAUCGCCAUUUUGGGAGUCACACUGAUGUCAAUAAAAUGUUGGAUGAUGUGUUAAGGUGGAUAUCAGAUAUAUCAUGUAUAUACAAGUUAUAUGCGGCGCGAAGUAAUCGUAUUACUCCAUUAUUUGCUGCAAGUUUUCCACAUAAAUUCGUAUUUUUCUGUGGGUGGUUAUCUUUGCACAUUAAAAUAGAAAAUCAUUUAGAGAACGAUGGGUCUUCAGCAGCAGCUGCAUUUUUUAUUGAUUUUAUUCCAAAGCUCAAACUGUGUUGUUCGAAUUCAUUAGGGUUAAAUUCUCUUAGCGGAGUUGGUGGUGUCCUUAUCGAUGUCCUCAGUCAAAGUAAAGUUGGUGGUGGAGCGCCGAGUGGGCCUAACUUCGCAUCGACUGUAAUAAAAGAAAAGCUUGUGGAUGCUGAUCAUGUUGAACUUGAAGUACUGCUUGCUUAUGUAGCUAUGAUUUUAUUGUUUCGAGUUCCUGAUGCCAUAGUAGGUGCUGUUUUGGGUCCAAAAGCAAAAACUUUGGCGGAAAUACAACAUUUGAGUGGAUGUAAGGUGGAAGUCCAUAAGCGUGGACCAGUUGCUGGACAAGGAAAUCGUUUAAUAAGUUUAACUGGCAGCGCAGAUUCCAUUCGUAACGGUCGGUUAAUGAUCGAAAAAGUUAUCAAUGAUGAACAAGCACGUCGUAAUCAGCAAGGUCAUCAUAGUCGUGGAUCAUUUAUCUAG